UGCAUUCAAUGCACUUCUUAUAAAUACGCUACUGAUGACAAAAAGCGGUGACUCGCAAAUAAGUACUACAAUUAUUCUAACCUAAAACAUAUAAGCAGUUGCUCAAAAGAAAUUAGAUCUUCUGUUUUGUAUUCGUUGCAUGAAAUAAUUAAAACAAAAUGCCAGAAAGCGUAAAAGUGGAGACGAAGACGAGUAAGGAACUCAGAAGCGGAAAGGAGGAGGAUAAAAAUGAAUUGUCAGAAGAAGAUAAACUCUUGCAAGAGGAAUUAACUCACUUGGUUGAACGCCUGCAAGAUUCUAAUACUAGUUUACAUUAUCCUGCUUUAGAAUCACUUCGUAAUCAUAUUCGUGCAUCUACUACUUCAAUGACUAGUGUUCCAAAACCACUUAAGUUCAUGAGACCUCAUUAUGAUACUAUGAAAGCCAUAUAUGAUAAAAUGACAGAUCAAAAAUCAAAAGAACUUUGUUCUGAUGUUAUUUCUGUCCUUGCUAUGACAAUGGGUGAGGGCCGGGAAUGUUUAAAAUACAGACUUACCGGAUCUGCUUUAGCUAUUGGAGAAUGGGGACAUGAAUAUGUUAGACAUUUAUCAGGAGAAUUAGCAGGAGAAUGGGAUGAGCUUACAGAUAAUGCAGAAGCUACAAAAAAAUUAAUUUCUCUGGUACACGAGAUUGUACCUUAUAACAUGGCUCAUAAUGCAGAAACUGAAGCCUGUGAUUUGUUAAUGGAAAUCGAAAAAUUGGAUCUGCUGGAGCAAUAUGUAGAUGAAAGUGCAUAUCAAAGAGUUUGUUUGUAUCUAACAAGUUGUGUACCAUAUGUAGCAGACCCAGAAAAUAGUACACUCCUUCAUGCUGCUGCUAAAUUAUAUAGGAAGUUUGGUCAAUACCCACAAGCUAUAAGAUUGGCUAUGCAGCUUAAUGAUUUGCCACUUAUUGAGGACAUAUUUACAAAAUGCACAGACCUUUCAGUGCAAAAGCAGUUAGCAUUCAUGCUUGGAAGACAACAAAUUUUCUUAGAAUUACCUGAAUCAACUGAAGAAUAUGAUGAUUUGGUAGAAAUAAUGUCCAAUUCUUUAUUAAAUUAUCAUUUCUUGAACUUGGCACGAGAAUUAGAUAUAAUGGAACCAAAAACACCAGAGGAUGUGUACAAGUCUCAUUUAGAAAACUCCAGACCUGCAUUUGGUGGUGGUCAAGCAGACUCUGCAAGACAGAACCUUGCUGCUAGCUUUGUUAACGGAUUUGUAAAUGCAGCCUUUGCUCAGGACAAAUUAUUAAUAGAAGAUGGAAAUAAAUGGUUGUAUAAGAAUAAAGAGCAUGGAAUGUUGAGUGCAACAGCAUCCCUUGGUCUUGUAUUGUUAUGGGACGUUGAUGGUGGCUUAGUACCAAUCGACAAAUUUCUAUACUCUUCAGAGGACUACAUAAAAUCUGGUGCAUUAUUAGCUUGCGGUCUUGUCAAUUGUCGCGUCAAAAUCGAAUGCGAUCCUGCUUUAGCUCUUCUUUCUGAUUACGUUUUACAUAGCAGUAACAUUAUGCGUAUCGGUGCAAUCGUUGGUCUUGGAUUGGCGUACGCUGGUUCGAAUCGAGAGGCUGUUCUGAGUCUUUUAGUCCCUGUACUCAGCGAUCCCAUAUCUAAUUGGGAAGUGAUAGGAGUAGCAGGUCUUGCAUUAGGAAUGAUAGCCGUAGGUUCUUGCAACGCUUACGUUACCACCACGAUAAUGCACACUUUGAUGGAGAAAUCAGAGGCAGAUCUUAAAGAUACGUACGCACGAUUUCUACCUCUAGGUCUUGGGUUAUGUUUCUUGGGGAAACAAGAAGCAGCAGAAGCUAUCAUUGCAGCUUUAGAAGUAGUACCUGAACCUUUCAAAUCUAUGUCUACCACCCUGGUAGAAGUGUGCGCAUAUGCUGGUACCGGAAACGUCCUUAAAAUUCAACAUCUGUUGCAUAUUUGUUCCGAGCAUUAUGAGCCAUCCAACGAAAAAGAGGAUAAGAGCGACCGUAAGGAUAAAGAUAAGAAAGAAGAGAAGAAAGAGGACAAGCCGAAAGACCUUAGUUCUAGGCAAGCAAUUGCUGUACUUGGCAUUGCAUUAAUUGCAAUGGGAGAGGAAAUUGGUGCUGAAAUGGCGUACAGAACUUUUGGCCAUUUAUUACGUUAUUGUGAGCCUGUCAUACGACGAUCGGUUCCUCUCGCACUUGGACUCAUAUCUGUCUCUAAUCCGAAACUGAAUAUACUAGAUACGUUGUCUAAGUUUUCUCACGAUAGCGACCCUGAGGUAGCGCAUAAUGCAAUCUUUGCAAUGGGCUUAGUUGGAGCAGGAACUAACAAUGCUCGUCUAGCUGCCAUGUUGAGACAGUUGGCUCAGUUCCACGCUAAAGAUCCAAACAAUUUGUUCAUGGUUCGCAUUGCGCAGGGUUUAACACAUCUUGGAAAAGGUACAUUAACUUUGUCUCCUUAUCAUAGCGACAGACAGGUAUUAAGUCCUGUAGCAUUAGCUGGACUUCUAGCUACACUUAUUGGAUUCCUUGAUGUAAAAAAUAUCAUUCUUGGUCGUUCACAUUAUUUGCUAUACACGUUAGCAGUUGCGAUGCAGCCAAGGAUGUUGGUUACAUUCGAUGAAAAGCUAAAUCCACUUGCUGUGCCGGUGAGAGUUGGUCUUGCUGUUGAUGUCGUAGGCCAAGCAGGAAAACCAAAAACUAUUACUGGUUUCCAAACACAUACAACCCCUGUUCUGUUAGCGUAUGGCGAACGAGCUGAAUUGGCAACAGAAGAAUAUAUUCCUUUAACCCCAAUUAUGGAAGGUUUUGUAAUUUUGAGGAAAAAUCCGGAUUUUGUACCUUAAGUGAAAAUCAUAUUUCAUAUUACAUAAGUUUUAGUAUAAAAUCAAAUAAAACUGAUUGUGUAUACAGAA